GAAAGAAUUUAACUGCGCAAAAGUACUGUGUGGUGACGGAUGCCCAAGGUAGCCUACAGAACUUUCUAAAUGUGUGUUACGCACAGAGAUGGGACCGCUUUAAACGUGAUUCAAUUCCUUGGAAGCACGAAGUAUUAAUUUCGUUUCUUGUUUUUCAACAGUGACUGGAUAGUGGCUGUGAUUUUUGAUCUGCGUUAGAGGAAAGGAAUAAGCGGACGUCUCCCUGCUGCGUAUUUUUUGGAGCGCUCUUUUCCUCGGAUCCAAGUCGAACCGCCGAGGGGGUGCAAACAUGCAGGCUCGCUACUCCGUCUCCAGUCCCAACUCCCUGGGCGUCGUUCCCUACAUCAGCGGCGACCCGAGCUACUACCGGGCCGCUGCGGGUGGCGGGUACACCGGGAUGCCCGCACCGAUGAACAUGUACUCUCACGCGGCCCACGACCAGUACCCAGCGAGCAUGGCGCGGGCGUAUGGACCGUACACGCCUCAACCCCAGCCCAAGGAUAUGGUGAAACCCCCGUACAGCUACAUCGCGCUCAUCACCAUGGCUAUCCAGAACUCGCCUGACAAGAAGGUGACCCUCAACGGGAUUUAUCAGUUCAUCAUGGAGCGGUUCCCGUUUUAUCGCGACAACAAGCAGGGCUGGCAGAACAGCAUCAGACACAACCUGUCUCUUAACGAGUGUUUUGUGAAAGUUCCCCGCGAUGACAAGAAACCCGGCAAGGGGAGCUACUGGACGCUGGACCCAGACUCGUACAACAUGUUCGAGAACGGAAGCUUCUUGCGCAGAAGACGACGGUUCAAAAAGAAGGACGCCAUGAAGGAGAAGGAGGACCGACUGCAGAAGGACACGCCGGCCAGGCAGCAGGGCCAGGGUCGGGACGCAGAGCAGCCGGUGCAGGGCUCCCAGCCCGUGAGGAUCCAAGACAUCAAGACGGAGAACGGCAACGUGACACCGCCGCAGGCCGACUCGCCCUCCCUGAGCACCGUGCCCAAAAUAGAGAGCCCAGAUAGCAGCAGCAGCAUGUCCAGCGGAAGCCCCCAGAGCAUCCCGUCCAACAGGUCCAUCGUCAUGGAAAACACGGAGCACCACCAGCAGCAUCACCAGCAGCAACAACAACAGCACCACCACGGCCAGGCCUCCAGCCAGGGCUUCAGCGUGGACAAUAUCAUGACCUCCCUGCGUGCGUCACCCCAAGGCGCGACCGAGCUGCCCCCGGGCCUCAUAGCCUCCAGCAGAACCCCGGGUAUCACCCCGUCGUUGUCCUUGAACUACUCCCCCAACCAGACGUCCGUCUAUAGCGCCCAGUGCAACCAGAACUCUAUCUCCUCUACCUCCAACGCGACGUAUCACUGCAACAUGCAGGCCAUGAGUUUAUACGCCGGGGACAGAUCGGGCCACCUGGCCGCUCCGAGCACCACCGUGGACGACACAUUGCCCGAUUACUCGAUCAGCACGUCCGCCUCCUCCCUGGGCCAUGGGAACCUGAAUUCCGGCCAGGACGGAGGCCAUCACCCGCACCAGGGGCGGCUCACCUCCUGGUACCUGAACCAGGCCGGGGACCUCGGCCACCUGGGGGCCGCCUACCCGGCCCAACAGCAGAACUUCCACUCCGUGAGAGAAAUAUUCGAGUCCCAGAGAAUCGGCCUGAAUAAUUCACCCGUCAAUGGGAAUAACAGCUGUCAGAUGUCGUUUCCCACCAGCCAGUCUAUCUAUCGCACCUCGGGAGCUUUUGUAUAUGACUGCAGCAAGUUCUGAUGAGCAGAAUGGCUUCUUUCAUUGCUGACUGACUCUUGGAGUGAAACCCCAGAAUAAACUGUUCGUUCACGGGCCUCUGCUUGGGACUAGUAUGAAACGAUAUGCUCCAGCAAGAGACACAAAGACUUGAUUUUUGGUUUAAAGAACAGUGUUACUGCAAAUAACACGUAAGUCUCUUCUUGCUUUUGCGGCCUUUGCGUUAUGUGUUGAGGAUAUGUGAACUUUCGUGGACAUAUUCGUGUAAAUUGCCUAUAGUAAUUUAUUUCUAAACUGUAGCCAGAUAAUAUGGACCAAACACCAAAGAAGUGUUUCGAAAUUGAAUGGCCUUAAUUGUCCACCAAAAUUGUUCCAUUAUAUGGGAAUAAGGAACAUGUAUAUCACCGUACUAUUUCAAAAAAAAUCUUCAUUUGUUAAAAAGUUAUUUGAAGGACUUGCAUUGUUUGUUUAAUAAAUUGUAAUUUCAUGUGAGUUUACGUUACGACUGAUUUUUUUUAACGUUUUUUUUUAACAAGGGCUAGUAUUUUUUACAAUGAACUUUAUGGUAAACACUAAACACAAUUUUAAGACGGUUUUCGAGUCCAGUCACAAUUGAAGAAAGCCAUUAUUAAUGAAUGCCUAUUGGCUUUAUCAAGGCAAAUAUCGUUGGCUACUGUCUGCAGAUAUAAUUUAUAUAAAAUAUUAUUAAACUGUAUUUCUACCUGAAAAAUAA